AACAGGGUGUAUAUAUAGAGGCCGGUAUAGAGUUGAGUUAUCAAACAAAAAUCCUAAUUCAAUAAUUUAGUGAGUUAGUCACCAUGAGUCUAGAAAUGUUGUCAUUUCCAAUAUUACUGCUGAUUUCUGUGUUGUUCAUUCUUCGGGCAAUAUGGAAGAAACUAAAAAGCAGCAAACCCCUAAAUCUACCCCCGGGGCCAUGGAAACUCCCCAUCAUUGGAAAUAUGCACAAGUUAAUCGGUGGUCUUCCCCAUCAUAAACUCGGAGACUUGGCGAAGAAAUACGGCCCUGUUUUGCAGCUUCAAAUCGGACAAGUCCCAACAGUUGUGAUUUCUUCGGCAGAAACUGCGAAACAGGUGAUGAAAACGCACGACACCAUCUUCGCGCAGAGGCCCUUCCUCUUAGUUGCAGACAUCGUCUUUUAUAAGUCUGCGGAUAUUGGUUUUGCACGCUAUGGUGAUCACUGGAGGCAAAUGCGGAAAAUCUGCAUGUUGGAGCUGUUUAGUGUGAGACGGGUGCAAUUGUUCCGACCAAUUAGAGAAGAAGCAGUAUCGAAUCUCAUCAGUAGUAUUGCUUCGAGCGCAGAAUCUCCGACUAAUCUUACGAAAAUGUUAAAUUUGUUAUCUUCUUCUAUCAUUACCAAAGCAGCGUUUGGUAAAAAAUGCUUGGUGGAUCAAGAAGAAUUUCUUCCCAUUGCUGAUGAAGUUAUAGAGAUGCUAGCCGGCUUUAGCAUCGCUGACUUGUUCCCCGCUAUCAAAUUGCUCCGUUUCAUUACUGGAAUUCGCUAUAAACUCGAGAAACUGCACAAAAAAGUUGAUGUUGUGCUUGAAAACAUAAUUAAUGCUCAUAAGAAAUCCAAGGCCUCGUCUAAGAUUGAUUUGGAGGAUGAAGAUAUUGUCCAUGUUUUGUUAAAUCUUCAAGAGCAAGGAAACCUUGAACUUCCUUUAACAACCGACAGUAUUAAAGCUGUUAUAUUGGACCUUUUCAUUGCAGGGGUUGAUACAUCGGCUUUAACAUUAGGAUGGGUGAUGUCGGAAUUGAUGAAGAACCCAAGAGUAAUGCAAAAAGCACAAGCAGAGGUUAGACAAGUUUUCAAAGAUAAAGGAGCCGUCGAUGAAGUAGGCUUUGAAAAAUUAAAGUAUUUUAAGUUAAUUAUCAAGGAAACAUUAAGACUACAUCCUCCGGCUCCAUUAAUACCGCCCAGAGAAGCUAGCAAGCAAUGUCAAAUCGAUGGAUAUGAUAUACCCAUCAUGACGAGAGUCCUUGUGAAUGUAUGGGCCAUCGGAAGGGAUCCUAAUUAUUGGAUCGAACCUGAAACAUUUUUACCCGAAAGAUUUGAGGACGGUCGAAUCGACUUUAAAGGUAAUAAUUUUGAAUAUUUGCCAUUUGGUGGUGGAAGAAGGCUAUGCCCUGGUAUAUCAUUCGCCAUGGCUAAUGUGGAACUUGCACUCGCGAAUUUACUCUUCCAUUUUGACUGGGAGCUCCCCUAUGGUAUGAAAAAAGAAGAGCUGGAUAUGACUGAGGAUUUUCUCACUUCAGCUAAAAGGAAGUAUGAUUUAUAUCUAGUUCCGAUUCCAUAUUCUCUUACAAAUUAAAAUAUGUAAUUAGGGACACCCAAAAAAUAAUGUGUUUUU